UCCCGCUUUCGCCUCCCUUCUGGGACCUGGUGGCCGAGGUUUGAGGUUCCACCGCUUCCAGGGAGCGAGGACCAGGCCAGCUGGAGUGUCGUUCUCGCGUCGGGGAACGAUCCGGGACGGGCCAUGACGUUUCAGCUUUGGGGGUGGCGGAGGGAAGACGUGUGUCAGGUUUUGGCCUGGGUGCCCGACGCCGUGGGCGGGAGAGGGGGAGUGAUGAUGCGCAAAACCUUGGCUACAAAAGACCCCACAGCUGUAGAGAGAGCAAACUUGUUAAACAUGGCUAAACUGAGUAUCAAAGGACUCAUUGAAUCUGCUCUAAGUUUCGGCCGCACUUUGGAUUCUGACUAUCCUCCCUUGCAGCAGUUCUUUGUUGUUAUGGAACAUUGUCUGAAACAUGGUCUUAAAGUAAGAAAAUCAUUUUUGAGUUAUAAUAAAACUAUCUGGGGCCCUUUGGAACUGGUAGAGAAGUUGUACCCAGAAGCAGAGGAAAUAGGGGCCAGUGUCCGGGAUUUACCUGGUCUUAAGACACCCCUGGGUCGAGCGAGAGCCUGGCUUCGAUUAGCCCUCAUGCAAAAAAAAAUGGCUGACUACCUUCGUUGCUUAAUUAUUCAGAGGGAUCUCUUGAGUGAGUUCUAUGAGUAUCAUGCACUAAUGAUGGAAGAAGAAGGAGCAGUAAUUGUUGGGCUGCUGGUUGGCCUGAAUGUGAUAGAUGCCAAUCUGUGCGUGAAGGGAGAAGAUUUAGACUCACAAGUUGGAGUGAUUGACUUUUCUAUGUAUUUAAAGAAUGAAGAAGAUAUUGGAAAUAAAGAAAGGAAUGUUCAAAUUGCUGCCAUAUUAGACCAAAAGAAUUAUGUUGAAGAAUUAAAUAGACAACUGAACAGCACAGUCAGCAGCCUCCAUUCAAGAGUCGAUUCAUUAGAAAAGUCCAAUACUAAGCUGAUUGAAGAGUUAGCAAUAGCCAAGAAUAACAUCAUUAAACUCCAAGAAGAAAAUCAUCAAUUACGAAGUGAAAAUAAAUUGAUUUUAAUGAAAACACAGCAGCAUCUAGAGGUUACUAAAAUAGAUGUGGAAACUGAGCUUCAAACAUAUAAACAUUCUCGGCAGGGGUUGGAUGAAAUGUACAAUGAAGCCAGAAGGCAGCUUCGAGAUGAAUCUCAGUUACGGCAGGAUGUGGAAAAUGAGCUAGCAGUGCAAGUGAGUAUGAAACAUGAGAUUGAACUUGCUAUGAAGUUGCUGGAGAAAGAUAUCCACGAGAAACAAGAUACUCUGAUAGGCCUUCGACAACAGCUAGAAGAAGUUAAAGCAAUUAACAUAGAGAUGUAUCAAAAGUUGCAGGGUUCUGAAGAUGGCUUGAAAGAAAAAAAUGACAUAAUUGCCCGACUAGAAGAAAAAACCAAUAAAAUUACUGCAGCCAUGAGGCAGCUGGAACAAAGAUUGCAGCAAGCAGAGAAGGCGCAAAUGGAAGCUGAAGAUGAGGACGAGAAAUAUCUACAGGAAUGUCUGAAUAAAUCGGACAGUCUACAGAAACAAAUCUCUCAAAAGGAGAAACAGCUGGUACAACUGGAAACUGACUUGAAGAUUGAAAAGGAAUGGAGGCAGACGUUGCAGGAAGAUCUUCAAAAGGAGAAAGAUGUCUUAUCUCAUCUUAGAAAUGAGACCCAACAAAUUAUUAGUCUUAAAAAAGAGUUCCUUAACCUCCAGGAUGAAAAUCAGCAAUUGAAAAAAAUAUAUCAUGAACAAGAACAAGCUCUUCAAGAACUCGGCAACAAACUUAGCGAAUCAAAACUUAAAAUAGAAGAUAUAAAAGAAGCCAAUAAAGCAUUACAGGGACUGGUGUGGCUAAAAGACAAAGAAGCAACACAUUGUAAACUUUGUGAAAAGGAAUUCUCACUCUCUAAGAGAAAGCACCACUGUAGAAACUGUGGGGAAAUAUUCUGUAAUGCCUGCUCGGACAACGAAUUGCCUUUGCCUUCCUCACCAAAACCAGUACGAGUCUGUGAUUCCUGUCAUGCAUUGCUCAUUCAGAGAUGCUCAUCUAACUUGCCAUGACUCCAGAACUGAGUAUCAAAGCACCUACAAUGAAUGUUAUAUAUGAUAUGUACACAAGGUAUCCAGACAGCCAGCCCUUCAUGAGCAGCUUUCAGCCAGUAUUGGUACCAUUUUUAUUUUCCACAUAUUUAACUCAUGGUAAAUUGUUGUGACGUGGUAUUUCCUUCCUCAUUGUUAUUCGAAAAGAACUUAGCAGAGCAUGCUUUCAAAAAACUUUAGCCUAAUUUUUAAUUAGUAAUAAUCAUGGAACACUUAACUCCACUGAAAGGCCAGACAGCAUAGCUAACACACAUUUGCCUUAUCUUGUAAAGGCCUUCUUAAACAUAAUACUUUGGAUUGUUUUAUUCUUCCAAAUUCUGUCAAGUUCGUAUUUUGAUGGUGCCUGAAAAUUUGUCUUAAUGCACUUUAAAGUUUCAUGGUUCUCAUGGAGACUGGAAAUGCAUAAAACUUUGUAAGAUUUGUCUUGGUAAGAUUUCAACUUAUUUGUUCCUUCUUCUUUCCCUCUUUUGCAACAGAAAAGGCCAAUAUUUUUCCCUUAAAAAUUGCCUUUUAGUCUUUCCAAAAUUAUUAACGCUUACUGAUACCUUUCAGAUAGCUGAUUUAACUAACGGGGCAUUAUUUGGCCUCAACAUUUGUCCUUGUAAUCUUGAAAGUAAGGUACAUAUAUAUACAGCAUGAUACUUUUUUACCUUUAAUUAUAUAUACUAUUUGCAGAUCUUCUCAAAUGCUAUCUCCCCACUGAUGACUAUCUUUAAGGUUGUUCUGACCCCAAUCCAAAAAUGAAAAAACAAAUCCCUCCCCUGGGAAAAAAUUAAAACUUUGUCUUUUAUAUUACACAGAUUUGAAUAUGUUAAAAGAAAUUUCAUAUUGCCAUUGGAGGAACUUUUAGGAAACAAUACUCUGUAGUGGUCUGCCACUGUAUUAUAUAUAUAUAUUCCCACAGUAAAAUCCUUCCCAGUCUACCGAGCACCUCCAUGCCAGGGUAUUGAGCAGAUGAAAAUGUCGUAUCAUGAAUAUGUUUGAACUAUUUCAUGUUGAAUCAAUGAACACUAAUCUGAUUACACUAGUUAUAGCAUACUAAGAAUUUUAUCUGUAAAUAUCGUUACCUCUACAUAAACAGCAUCACCAUUCAGUAUCUGUUUAAGUUUUUAGCCAUGCACUUCAAGUUUGUGAGCCUAUCAAAAAUAUAUUUGAAUUUUACAUUACCUAGAAGCAUUACACUUUGUGAUUUAACAGACCCUUUCCCCUCCCCUAAGAUGGAGUUACUCUACAGAUCUUUCCUCGUAUUUACUUUCAUCCAGAUUUAAAAUUCUCUGCCAAAGCAUGAGAAUAGUAUUUUAUUUGAAGAUCUGUUAUCUCUAAACUCAUAAUUAAAUUUCCAGCUUUUGAAAUCAACUUUAGGUAAAUCUGACAAAGAUUUUUAGGUGGUUUUUCUCAAAUACUAACAGAAAUGUCCUCAAGACAGGAAUUAUAUUCUUGAACCAUUUUGUAUUGAAGGGAUAGACUAACAUUUUUAUGACUGCUGAAAAUGAGAAGCAUAAAUGAAAAUUUUCAAAUAGGUGUUUGUUUUAUAAUCAUGUUUGGAACAAAUUUUAAAGUUGUUACAUAAAUUCCAUGGAUGAUUUCAUUGAAUAAACCAUGACUUAUAGUCAUCCUUUAAAGUUUUUUGCCAUCCUAAACGUGUCACCUUUCAUCUGGACUUUAGAAGUGGCUUUUAUUAAAGCAACCUGCUUCAUUUAUUUUGCCUUAAAAACUUUUAAGUUUGUGAUUACAAACCUUUGAUUUACUCUUCAAAGAGUUCACAUACCAUUCCCUCACCUAGCUAGCACUACAAUAAUGCUAUUAUGGUGCCAAGGAAUUACAAUUCUUCUAACCUGUAAUGUUUUAAAAAUAAAAUGUGAAUUUUAUAACCCAAAUAAAAGUUUGAAAAAAUUAGCCUGCUUAAAAAGGGCAACUUUCAUUUCUAGCACUUCAUACUUUUACUGCUUAAGGAUUUUAAGGGGAAGAUAAAAGCACAUGUGACGGUUUUUUUGUAGAGACAGGUCUAACUUUAUCGCCCUCAGUGUACUGCCCUGGCAUCACACAGCUCAUAGUAACCUCAAACUCCUGGGCUUAGGCAAUUCUCUUGCCUCAGCCUCCCAACUAGCUGGGACUACAGGUGCCCACCCCAAAGUCCAGCUAU